CUCGAUAAUGUCACAUCUCCAAAAUAAACCUCAUUGAUUAAUACGUUAUAAAAUAAUAAACACAAUUAGCUAGCAAACGUCGUUGUCAAAAUAAGUUUCAAUCGUCGUUAGUCAAUUGUUUAAAUGUGGGAGUCUUUUCAACUGGACAUUGAGUGCAUCGUUUGUAAUAAAACGUUGCAAAAGAUUAAUCACAAACUACCCAGAGAUUAUAAGAUGAGAAAAAUAAGCCGACGCUCGAGGACACCAAAUUGGUCACCAGAAGAAAAACAGUAUCUACUCGACUUAAUUAAAGAGCGAAAAGAAAUCGUCAUCAAUAAACCCAAUGCACCAAACAAUUACGAAGAAAAAGAUGUCGCGUGGAACGAGAUACUACAGGAAUUAACCUCCAAAUUCGGUCCUAAAUUUACCGAGUUCUCGAUAAAAAAAUUGAAAACUCAAUGGCAGAAUAUGAAACGUAUCGCUCGGGAGGAAAUUUCUUUAAAUGGCCCAACAGUAAAUAACUAUACAAGACAAUCAUUUGAAGUAUGUAACAUUCUAGAUUUAGUUAAAAAUGGUGAAAUAAAACAAGAAGAAAAAGCACAGUCCAUUGAAACAAUUUUAAAAACUGAUAUUGAAAUUAAAACGGAAUGUAUUGAUGAUGAUCUGAAUGCGCCAAGCUGUAAAACGCAGUCCAAAGUCGACACUAUAAUUAUAGACUCAUCAUCAUCCUUCUCGGAACCAAUGGAUUUGAGUGAGCCUACAAAUGAGAUAGACGAAAAUCAUAGGACUGCUGAAACUAUGACAGAUGCUUUCGUUGAUAUAAACUUGUUCCCUGGAGUAGCAAAUGACUUUUUGAGGUUUUCCACAACUCAAAGAGAAAUGAAAAUGGAAGCACUUAAAGAAGAAAUGCAAAUAAUACGAUCAAUGCGAGAAACAGCCGAGUUGAAUAAAAUCAUAGCUGAACAAAAAUUGAAACAUGUCCUUUGGGUAAAGAAACAAGAGAUGGCGUAAG